AUGUGGCAGCUUGUUUUCUUUACUCUGAGCUGUGAUCUGCUCUUAGCCGCAGCCUAUAGCAACUUUCGGAAGAGAAUGGACAGCAUCGGGAAGAGGCAGUAUCAGGUUCAGCACGGCUCCUGCAGCUACACGUUCCUCCUGCCGGAGAUGGACAACUGCCGCUCGCCCUCCAGCGCCUACGUGCCCAACGCCGUGCAGCGGGAUGCGCCGCUCGACUACGACGACUCCGUGCAGAGGCUCCAGCUGCUGGAGAACAUCAUGGAGAACAACACCCAGUGGCUCAUGAAGCUUGAGAAUUACAUCCAGGACAACAUGAAGAAAGAAAUGGUGGAGAUACAACAGAACGCAGUGCAGAACCAGACCGCUGUGAUGAUAGAAAUAGGAACCAACCUGCUAAAUCAAACCGCAGAGCAGACCCGGAAGUUAACUGAUGUUGAAGCCCAAGUAUUAAAUCAGACAACAAGACUUGAACUUCAGCUUCUGGAACAUUCCCUAUCUACAAACAAAUUGGAAAAACAGAUUUUGGAUCAGACCAGUGAAAUAAACAAACUGCAAGAUAAGAACAGUUUCCUGGAAAAGAAAGUUCUAGAUAUGGAAGACAAGCACAUAGUUCAACUUCGGUCAAUCAAAGAAGAGAAAGAUCAGCUCCAGGUGUUGGUAUCCAAGCAAAAUUCCAUCAUUGAAGAACUAGAAAAACAACUGGUGACGGCCACGGUGAAUAACUCAGUUCUCCAAAAGCAGCAACACGACCUGAUGGAGACAGUUCAUAAUUUACUGACUAUGAUAUCGACAUCAAACUCAGCUAAGCACUCCCUCAUUGCUAAGGAAGAACAAGUCAUCUUCAGAGAUUGCGCGGAAGCAUUCAAAUCAGGACUGACCACCAGUGGCAUCUACACACUGACGUUCCCUAACUCCACGGGGGAGAUCAAGGCUUACUGUGACAUGGAAACAGCUGGAGGUGGGUGGACAAUUAUUCAGCGACGUGAAGAUGGCAGUGUUGAUUUUCAGAGGACUUGGAAGGAAUAUAAAGUGGGAUUUGGGAACCCUUCAGGCGAACACUGGCUGGGAAAUGAGUUUGUUUCACAAGUGACUAAUCAGAAACGCUAUGUGCUUAAAAUACACCUGAAAGACUGGGAAGGGAAUGAGGCUUACUCGUUGUACGACCAUUUCUAUCUCUCAAGCGAAGAACUCAAUUACAGGAUUCACCUUAAAGGACUCACAGGGACAGCCGGCAAAAUAAGCAGCAUAAGCCAACCAGGAAAUGAUUUUAGCACAAAGGACGCAGACAACGACAAAUGUAUUUGCAAAUGUUCACAAAUGCUCACAGGAGGCUGGUGGUUUGAUGCCUGUGGUCCUUCCAACCUGAACGGAAUGUACUACCCACAGAGGCAGAACACAAAUAAGUUCAAUGGUAUUAAGUGGUACUACUGGAAAGGAUCCGGCUACUCGCUCAAGGCCACGACCAUGAUGAUCCGCCCAGCAGAUUUCUAAAUGCCUGCGCACACCUGAGGAACAGUGUCUUCCCGUUUUCAAAGACUUAAUCCCAAAGCUCUGGAAGACACAGCUGCAUGCUGCCUCCCUCUCCAGCUCGGGCAGACUCUGCCCGCGCUCCAGACCGAGGGGACCCGCGGGCUCCCAGUUAGAGCCCCGUCAACGCCACCCCUUAAAGCCGCAUCACUCAACGAACCGAAGCACAAGCCCCAACGAGCCACAGCCUGGCAUGGUGACCUGGUAGAAAGCCUACGGGAAGAUAAAUUUAAGCUUGCGAAUGAGACUGACAAUUUACAGGCUCUGUUGUCACAACCAAGAAUGUUAUGUGCGAGUCGAUCAGUAAAUAACUGGAAAACAGAACACUUAUGCCAUAUCGUAGAGAUAACCUUGGAACUGCA